GGUCCCGUCCGCCUCCUCCCUCCUUGUCACAGCUCAUGGCGGGCGGCGAGGAGAACGCGGCAGGAGAAGGCAGCCUCGGGGAGCCGCUCCCCGCUUCGGACGAGCCGCCGCAGCCCCUCGCUGAGGGGCUCCCCGAGGAGCAGCCCCGGCCCGGCCCGCCCCACCGCGAGGAUGAGGAGGAGGAGGAGGAAGAGUCGGAGCGCUCGGAGGGUCCCUUGGAGGGGGUGUUGGAUGAAGACACCGCCGCUGAGGGACUCCACACCUUCGGCCGCUCAGCCCCUGGCACUGAGUAUGUUUAUCUUCAUCUGUCACUUCCAGGUCGUGACUUGAGCGACAUCAGCAUUCUCUCUGGAUACGUUCACCUGCAGAAAAUGGACCUUUCCUCCAAUAAAAUUAACGGUAACGAGCUGGCCGAGGUGCGGGGGCUGGAGCGGUGCCGCAGCCUGAGCCAGCUGGGGCUGGCACACAACCGGCUGGCGGCCGUCACCGGCCUGCGGGGUUUGCCCAUCCGGAGCCUCGACCUGGUGAGGGAAAAUUCAUUGGGGCUUGCCGGGCUGGGCCGUGCAGGUAACGAGCUGGCCGAGGUGCGGGGGCUGGAGCGGUGCCGCAGCCUGAGCCAGCUGGGGCUGGCACACAACCGGCUGGCGGCCGUCACCGGCCUGCGGGGUUUGCCCAUCCGGAGCCUCGACCUGAGCUUUAACCAGAUUGAGAAGGUGAAUGGGCUGAAGAGCUUGAAAAAUCUGCAGAGGGUGGAUCUGUCCCACAAUAAAAUCAACAGCCUGCAAGGCUUGGAGGAGCACGACCUGCUGGAGGUGAUCAACCUGGAGGACAACCAGGUGGCUGAGCUGAGUGAGCUUCAAUGGAUUGAAGAUCUGCCUCUCCUCAGGGUUUUAAAUCUCCUAAAAAACCCUCUACAGAAAAAAGAUGGUUAUUGGCUCUCAGCCAUUUUCAUGUUGCUCCAAGUCACAGAUCUGGAUCGCAAGAAGGUCUCGGUGAAAGAAAAGUUUGAGUUUGGCCCCUUCCAGCAGCACUGA